AUGUGCAAACAGCCGAGUCCGAAAUAUGUUGAUCAAUCUUCCCAAACUGUUGAUCCUAACAGGGAACAAUGUUUGUGUGUUGACUUGUUAUCUGAGUUUGAUAACAUGAAAAUCAAUUUCGAAAUUAUAUUAACCAGAGUGGAUGCUCUACAAUCGCUGGCAAAUACGCAAACCAUAUGUUUUAAUAAUUACAACAUUGUGCAUCUUGAAUCUGUGCUCGAUGGGGAGGGAAGUAAAAGUACGAAAUCAGAACCCACAAUAAGUCUAAUCGAGAAGGAAAAGAAUUCUGAAAUUGAGGUACUUAAAAGCAAAAUUAAUUCCUUGGACAUGAAAUUGGAAAAAUGUUUAAAGGAUUAUGAUGCUAACUCAAAUCAAUCACCUAUUGUUAUACCUCAAGAGCCUAUUGUCUCUCUACAACCGCCUAUUGUUCCACCUCAAGCGCCUAUUACUCCCUCGUUGCAUGUUAACAAAAGGAAUCAAGAUCAAACCCCCGAAUUGCAAAUAUCAGGUCAUGCCAAUAAAGUGUUUCUGAAUAAAUUACCGCUGUGUGACACUCAAGGUUUUAAUUGUAAACAAGCAAAUUACCUAAAUGAAACAUCAUUAUUACCACAGGACGUUAUGACUCCGUACCAAUCUUUGGGAUCAAAUAGUCCCCUUUUAUCCAACAGAUCGAGGAAAUGUUUAGGAAAAAUUCCAAAUGGUCACAGACACGGUAUAUAUCAAUCUAAAACCUCAAAUCUGGAAUUAUCAUUAUUACCGCAGCACGUUUUGUCUCCGUGCCAAUCUUUGGAAUCAAAUAGCCCUCUAUUAUCUAACAGAUCGAGGAAAUUUUUAGGAAAAAUCCCGAAUGGUCACAAACACGGUAUAUGUCAAUCUAAAACCUCAAGUCUAAGGGAUUUUACUCAACCUCAACGUAAAAUUGCCCCUUUUCGAAAGAGCCCUGCCAAUUAUCGACCCCCGCGUAUUGUCUUGGAAAAACAAUCUAUGGAAUGGGCAGUUUAUCUACAAUUUGUGAGUCAAAUGACUCACAAAUCAACACUAGUAUAA